CUGUACCGAUACAAAACGGGAUAAUGAACCGAGUCACCUAGUGUUAGGGACCACCAGUGUAGCGCUCGUCCCUCUUCGGCAUCUCAACUUGUCCUCGACCAGAAAUAUGUCGCAUCCUCCCCUAGAGAUACUACCAGGUCCUAUGGGAGACGGGAUACAUGACUGUCAAGAGUUCAAAUCCUCGGCUUCAGUGCUCAGCCCCCAUGGAAAUCAAAUAGAUGGAAGUGGUAUCAACGAGGAUAGCCCCAGGUCAAAUCAUCUCGAGAUUUCGCUGAGAUCUCCCGGUAUGAAUGAUAAAUUGAAUAUAAGCGAUUCAAUAGAGAUUGCCACUAGCAUGCCGCUUCCAGAAUCCACUUCGACUAUUUUGCUACAGAACCUCAGAAGUUCAGAGACUAGUGGCCCACCAUUAGCGCACGAUAAUGAAGCUGCUACGAAUGUUUCGGCCCUUGCUCCUGUGGAUGGAGGAGUCGGAGCUUGGUCUUACGUCUGUAACCCCAUCAUCACCAGAACUAUGGACUAA